UUGUCAUUUCCGAAAGCAGAAUUUAUAUAUAUGCGUUAUAAUUAGUAACUCGUGGACUUGAAGCUGUGUUUUAUCAUCUAAAACGAUGAUACAUAGCUUAUUCAUUAUCAACUCUGGCGGGGAUGUCUUCAUGGAAAAGCAUUGGAAGAGUGUCAUACCAAGGUCGAUCUGUGACUAUUUCUUCGAUGCCCAACGAAAUGUACAAACUAAAGAUGACAUUCCACCAGUGAUUCCCACACCUCACCACUACCUAAUAAGCAUAUAUAAAUGUCAACUGUAUUUUGUUGCUGUUGUCAUGACGGAAGUAUCGCCACUCUUUGUGUUAGAAUUUCUGCACAGAGUCGUUGAUACCUUCAUAGACUACUUCUCAGAGUGCACAGAGUCCAUUUUGAAGGAGCAUUAUGUUAUUGUUUACGAGCUUUUGGACGAGAUGCUCGAUAAUGGCUUCCCACUGGCGACAGAGUCUAACGUCCUGAAGGAACUUAUCAAACCACCUAACAUUCUUAGAACAAUUGCUAAUACAGUAACGGGAAAGUCGAAUGUCAGUGAGACCCUUCCAACUGGGCAGUUGUCUAACAUUCCAUGGAGGCGCACUGGAGUAAAGUACACCAACAACGAGGCAUACUUUGACGUUAUAGAAGAAGUAGAUGCCAUUAUAGACAGAAAUGGUGCCACAGUCUUUGCUGAAAUACAGGGAUAUGUGGACUGCUGUGUGAAGUUGACUGGCAUGCCAGAUCUGACACUAUCCUUCAUGAAUCCACGACUGUUAGAUGAUGUCAGCUUUCAUCCAUGUGUCCGAUUCAAGCGCUGGGAGGCAGAGCGCGUACUUUCGUUCGUACCACCAGACGGCAACUUUAGGCUGAUGUCCUAUCACAUAGGUUCUCAAGGAAUUGUGGCAAUACCACUUUAUAUCAAACACAACAUCUCAUUUAGAGAGAGUGGCUCGGGAAGACUAGAGCUAAAUGUUGGCCCAAAACAGACUAUGGGAAAAAUGGUGGAAAAUGUCGUCUUAGAGAUGACAAUGCCAAAAAGUGUUCUAAACAUCAGCCUCCAUCCAAGUCAAGGGAAAUACACAUUCGAUCCACACAGCAAGAACAUGUCUUGGGAGGUUGGGAAAGUGGAGCCAGGAAAGACACCCAGUCUGAAGGGAUCUAUCACGACACAGUCAGGGUCUUCUGUUCCAGAUGCAAACCCACCCAUCACUGUGCAGUUCACCAUUCCUCAGCUGACAGUAUCUGGCUUAAAAGUAAAUAGACUCGACAUGUAUGGUGAGAAAUACAAGCCGUUCAAAGGAGUGAAGUAUAUAACAAAAGCAGGACGGUUUCAAGUGCGCACCUGAAUCAUGGGCACUCAAGUACACUGCACACCAGUCUCUUCUGCUACUACUGCUGCACCACACGCAUUUACUUCAUUGCGAGAAAGAACCUGAACUAGGGUGAACUCCGAGCAGUGUGGGAAAAAGCAGUUCAACCUAGACACACUGAAUGUAUUACAAAUUUUCAGGGCGUCGCUAUCUCUACUUUUGAUGAAAGUUAUUGAGCCUGAUAGUGAAAUGGGAAGCAUUCGUCUGAAGAAUUGUGUUAAACUUGAACCUUGCAUCGAUGCAAUGUGGCAUCGAUCUUGAGAAUUAUUUUGAAAACCAAAAUCGAGGAAGUUCACCAAUCAGCAGAAGAUUCUCAUGCUUGCAAAAUUAUAUUGCUUUGUGUAUACGCAUGCAUGCAUGCACGCACGCAU